UAUCACCAGAAAGAUUGCGCAGGGAUCAAGUCCAGCUUUAAAGAUAACAUCCCAGAACCACUCUGUCUUCUCUCUGGGGGACACUGGGCAGAAAGGACUGUCUGCACCAAGGAGCAGCAUGGCAGCAGACAAGGAACAUGUGAAGAAGCCAAAGUCGAAGAUGGAGGUAUGUGGCUAUCCACUAAGCAUCUUCAUCAUCGUCGUCAAUGAAUUCUGUGAAAGGUUCUCCUACUAUGGAAUGCGAGCCGUGCUGGUCCUGUAUUUCAAGUAUUUCCUUCGCUGGGACGACGACACUGCUACCGCCAUCUACCACAGCUUUGUUGCCGUCUGCUAUUUGACUCCUAUCUUUGGGGCGAUAAUCGCAGACUCAUGGCUGGGCAAAUUUAAAACCAUCUUUUCCCUGUCAAUAGUCUACACGAUUGGACAAGCUGUAAUGGCAGUGAGCUCCAUCCAUGAUUUGACUGAUAGUAAUAAAGAUGGAACCCCUGACAGCCUUCAAACCCAUGUAGCUCUGUCCAUGAUUGGCUUGCUUCUCAUUGCGAUUGGCACUGGAGGAAUCAAACCUUGUGUUUCUGCAUUUGGGGGAGACCAGUUUGAAGAUAACCAGGAAAAGCAGAGGAGCAGAUUCUUUUCCAUCUUUUACUUGUCCAUCAAUGCUGGCAGUCUUCUGUCCACUGUGAUCACGCCAAUCCUGAGAGGUCAGGAGUGUGGCAUCCACACACAGCAAAAGUGCUACCCCUUAGCCUUUGGAGUUCCAGCUGCACUGAUGCUUGUUGCCCUACUUGUUUUCCUUGCUGGCAGCGGCCUGUAUAAAAAGGUGUCCCCACAGGGUAAUGUAAUGCUUAAAGUCACCAAAUGUAUCGGGUUUGCCCUAAAGAACAGAUGGAGGCACCGGAGCAAGCAGUUCCCCAAAAGAGAGCACUGGAUGGACUGGGCAGAUGAAAAGUAUGAUAAACGCCUAAUUUCUCAGAUCAAAAUGGUGCUGAAGGUUUUAUUCCUGUACAUCCCCCUUCCUAUGUUCUGGGCUCUUUUUGAUCAACAGGGCUCAAGAUGGACAUUACAAGCUACUACCAUGGAUGGCAAUUUUGGUCUCAUGACGAUUCAGCCAGACCAAAUGCAGACUGUAAAUCCAAUUCUCAUUAUUGUACUUGUUCCAGUUGUGGAUGGCCUUUUGUAUCCUCUGAUUGCCAAGUGCAAGCUUAACUUCACGCCGCUGAAGAGAAUGACUGUUGGGAUGCUUCUGGCUGCUUCUGCUUUUGUGGUAGCUGCUGUAGUACAAAUUCAGAUCGAUGCAACACUUCCAAAUUUCCCUGAGUCUGGCCAAUCACAGCUUAAAGUCAUAAAUCUUGGCAAUGAAACUGUCACCGCAAAGUGGAAGGACAAAUUCUUGAAAUUAGACCAAUGGACGAACAGCGCAUACGAGGAUAGCAAGAGUGAACAAAUACGGUUAUCUGUAGAAUAUGGACAAAAUGAAAGAAACUACAGUCUGGAUCUGCAGAGUGGCACUCGUCAGACAUUGUUACUGACUAAUUCUCUGCCUGCGUACAAUAUGCUCACGGACAUUGGGGAAAAGCCUGAGCAAGGAAGCAAUGCCAUUAGAUUUGUGAACGGCAUUAAUCAACCUGUUAAAAUUAGUGUGGGUGGGAUAGACUUGGGAAAUGUCAAUUUCCUCUCAUCUACAAACUACACUCUUGUAAAAGAUGGAACGAGCAACUUCAACAUUUCUUCGAAUGGAUUUUUCUGCAACAGUUCAAAAACUUUCGGAUUUGGCAGCUCUUACACCAUUGUCAUUAAGGAGAUAUGUGCACAAAAUACAGCCUUGAAUCUGAUGUAUGUUGAAGAUAUUCAAGCCAACACCAUUCAUAUGGCCUGGCAAAUACCUCAGUAUUUCCUGAUUACCUCUGGUGAAGUCGUAUUUUCAGUGACUGGGCUGGAGUUUUCUUACUCUCAGGCACCUAGCAAUAUGAAAUCAGUUCUGCAGGCAGGCUGGCUCUUGACUGUAGCUGUUGGAAAUAUCAUUGUGCUGAUUGUGGCUGAAGCUGGAGAAUUCCCAAAGCAGUGGGCUGAGUACAUACUGUUUGCCUGCCUUCUGUUGGCCGUAUCGGUCCUGUUUGCAGUCAUGGCAUAUUUCUAUACAUAUGUGGAUCCAGUAGAAAUUGAAGCCCAGUUUGACGACGAAGAACGCAAGAAGAACCACAUUAAAGUGAAUGGAGUAAGCACCUAUGAAAUGGAAGAAGACUUCAAGGCCCAUGAAGAUAAGCAGAAUGAUGUCAAACAGACAAAAAUCUAAGAUGUGUUCAUAUAUACCUUUUAUAUUAAUUACAAUUACAAAGUGAACUUAUUAAUGUGCAACAGAAAUGAGCUUGCUAAACAUAAAUGACUU